CUGUAACGCAAGUGAGCCGUAUGCAAAUUUGCUUCAAUCGUUUGCUCUUCAAAUGGCUCUGCUAGCCUCCACCUCCACCACCACAUCCAGUCUCCGUCUCUACUUCAUCUCCUUCUACGCUUUUUCUAAUUCCUCCAAUUCUUCCUCCUUCCCAUUCCCUUCUCGUCCUCUGUUUCGACCUCUUUCUUGUCAUUCCAGCGUCGGUUGUCCCGGCCGGUGUCACGCCGCCAGCCUCGGCCCUCCUCCUCCCCCCCGAACCGACCCACCUCCCGGAAAUGAUCCUCGUCAGCUUCAAGAAGCAGGCAUGGCUACAUCUUGGUCCAAAAUUAAAGAUAGAGUACAGAUCUUCUUUGCUGUUCUUUUCUGGAUGUCUUUAUUCUUUUGGUCGUCAGCAUGGGAUGGGAGGAAUGGACCAAAGAAAGGAUCAAGACGUAGAAGAUAACAUGCCGAGCAUUUCACUUGUAUAUACAUAGCAAACUAUAGCUUAGGGGAUAGAAUCAGAAUAUACAGUGAUGGAAAAGAGCAUUUAAAUGGGUGGAGAAAAGAAUGUUCCUGAUCCUGAGGCUCCAUUAUUUCUUUGCUUGAAAGCUUUUUCAUGCUUUAGCUGAUCCAGUUUCUUUCUGAAUUGGCCAGUUGUGUAACAGACAGGGCGAUUCUUUAACUAGCGUUCAAAUGAAUUUGAGCUUCCAGAAUCA